AUUGCAUCCUUUGAACUAGGAAUGGAAUAUCUAGGUGGAAUAAGUAUCGAAAGUCUGAAAAACACCUACCAAGUCGAGGCUAAUGUAGGUCUUGCAUUUAACAUUACUUUAUUACAAUGUUUUAUGUUAUGUCUACGGACAAACACGUGUCUUACAUUAUUUUUCAAAAAUGUUAAUGAACAGUGUAUUCUUCAUUCAAAGACAUUUCAUUGUAAGUCCCCGACUGGAAUAGAAAUAGGAUGGGAGGUGUAUCAAAUUGCUGAUUUAACUGGAAGGUGUCCGUCAAACUUUUUAUACUACAGACCAUUAGAUCUGUGCUACAGAAUUGAAGACGGAACACAUAUGAACAUGCAAGAUCCAGCUAUAGAUAUCGUGAGCAAGUGCUAUGCCAAAGGAUCUGAACUGAUCCGUGUAGACUCAGCUGAGAAACAAGCCUAUAUGGAACACGCUCUGGCUGGUUUACUUGACACGGCGUAUGUGUGUGUGCAAGGAAGCAAUUAUGUCACACCUGGUGUUUGGACAUACGAUGAUGGAACACCCUUUGGGUACACAAACUGGGAGGCUGGACAACCAAAUGGUGGAAUCCAACCUAGAAAUCUUGGUAUAGAUGUCAGUGCAACAGAUUUACUGUGGCAUGACUACCCUACCUCUGAAUCGAAAACGUGUAGUUAUGUAUGUGAAAUAAGAUAAAGUGUCUUUCUAUAGACCAUUUGAUUUAUUGUAGUGUAACCUUUUCGUACGUAAAACGUUUAUUAUUGUGAAUUGAGUUUUUCUAUUGUCACUUGGUGGAGUUUUUUUUAGUAUGUCAAAGGAUUUAUGCGACAUUAAAGCAAGUUUAACGUAACUCAAUGUAAGAUACAAUGCAGUUAUCUGCAUAAAAUUUGGAACGUGAAUGGCUUUAUGAUGCAAAAAUAAUCAAAACAUUCCGCUGUAAGUCGAUGUAAAAAUCACAUGAAUAGAACAGACAUGAAAAUAUA